AUGCAAUUCAUCACGCUCUUUUCAACGUCGCUUGCCCUUUUCGGCACCACUGGCUGGGCUGGAUAUGUGCUGCAGGACGAUUACUUUGCCAACAAUGCCUUUUUCGAUCAGUUUACUUUCUGGGAUGCGGAGGACCCGACGCAAGGAUUCGUGGCGUAUCAGUCGUACAAUGCCUCGGUGGAUGCGAAGCUGAUUUCGAGCUCGACGGGAAACAUUUACAUGGGUGUGGACAGCGCGAGCAACACACCUAAUGGCAGGCCGAGCGUUCGAAUCACGAGCAAGAAGACGUACAGCCAGGGGCUGGUGGUUGUCGACAUUGAGCACAUGCCUGGAGGGAUCUGCGGGACCUGGCCAGCUUUCUGGCUCGUUGGCCCUAACUGGCCUAACGGUGGCGAGAUCGACGUUCUCGAAGGCGUCAACGAUCAAACCUCGAACGACGUAACGCUGCACACCGGUCCAGGUUGCUCUGUCUCUAACACCGGCAGCUUUUCGGGACACAUGACCUCUACCGGCUGCGCCUCCGAUAACAAUAACAACACCGGCUGCCAGAUCGCCUCCGGCGACACAGCAUCGUACGGCGCGGGCUUCAACGAAGGCAAAGGCGGCGUCUACGCCAUGGAGUGGACAAGCACCGGCAUCGCAGUCUACUUUUUCCCCCGCAGCUCCAUCCCUAGCGAUGUCCUCGGCGAUUCACCGAAUCCAUCAGGCUGGGGCACACCCAUGGCACACUUCACCGGCGACUGCGACUUCACAUCCUCUUUCACGGAUCAGCAGAUUGUAUUCGACACAACGUUCUGCGGAGCUUGGGCUGGGAACGUCUGGUCCUCGUCAUCUUGCGCUUCGAAGGCCCCGACUUGCAAUUCUUACGUGGAGAAUAACCCCUCGGCUUUCGCGGAUGCGUACUGGAGUGUGAAUGCGCUCAAGGUGUACACGAAUAAUGGCCAGGCGGCGGAGAGUGUGGCCCCUUCGAGCGCUGUGACGGCUACCUCGACGAGUGUGGUCUAUGUCACGCAGCCCACUUCGUCAGCCGCUCCGACGACCUUCGCCGUGUCCACGACGGCUGCUGCUGCUCCGACUUCCAGCGACGGAGGUUACGCACCCGUCCUGCGCCGAGCGGUCCUGGGUGGUUCUCGAAUGGUCCUCAUGGGGUCGUGGGAUCUUGGGGCAAGAGGGAUGAGGGUGAGCGUGAGGUGA